AAAUGCGUUUAUUUGAUAAUUCAGGACAAAAACAGACGGAUGUGAAUCGUACAUAGGCGAGUUUGUCGUCGUAUCGUGGUUUUAUUUUGUCGUACUGCAGCUCGUGACCUCCAGCGGUGCAUUUGUAAUCGUUUUUGACGUUUAUUUGUUCACAAAGUGACAGCUGCUUCCGUUUCCGCCUUCUGGCUCCGGAUGCCGCCAGAUCCUUGUAUUUGAUAUCUUCAUGGUGAAAUGGGCGGAGUCUGAUGUCCACUCCACCUCCUCUUGCCCCUCCCACCAUGCCCACGAUGGUCUCGAGGCUGCCAAAGUUCAGCUCGCACCCCAAACCUGCCACACCUUCCAGUGGUGUUCGGAUGGGUCCAGCUGUUGCUGUAAACUCUACCGGUUACACCAGCAUCACAGCUGCCGGCACCCGCCUGACCAACGGGUUCUACCAUCAUCCAGGUCCAGCAGGUUCCAAAGAUGAUUUGGCUGCACCCCCCUCCUCUGUGAAGCAGAAUGGAUUUACCUGCUUGCCAGCUUCAUGUUCCAUGAAAUGGAAACAAAACGGAGUGGUGAAAGAUAGACAAAACACAGAAAAAGAGUUACAGGGAGGGAAAAUUGAGAAUGUUGCAGAAAAUUGCACUAGUAACUAUGGUAAACAGUAUUAUCUGCCACGGCAACAUGGAUCACCUGAGAGAUCACCACUGAUGUCCUCUGCUGGAAAGGGGCAUGGUUUGGGUCAACUGGUGACAUCAUCAGCUUCACCAGCUCCGCAGUCUAGCCUGAGAACGCUCUCUGCAUCUAAAAGUGGACCUUGUGGUACCAAACAGAGUCACAUUACAGGUGGGUUGACCAGUAGGACAAAACAGACUGUCAAUGGCCAUUCUGGAUCCAGUCAUGACGGCAAGAGCACCAGUUCUGUGGGACUGAUUCAAAGUUUGUCUCAUCCUGGUAGAAAAUCUAGUUCCAGGCUUGGUUCUGGACCUGGUUUUCGAUUUGGCUUCCCCCUUCAAAACAAGCCACCAGCCAGCCGCUCCCUCUCCACUGACAACCUAGGGUCCAGACCAUCUGACUAUCUGACUGAAAGGGACCGGUUUCGGUCCCAUAGCCUCACUCAAGUACGUCGGCUACCCUCCCCAUACCUCACUCCAUCUUCCACCUCUACUUCCUCGUCUUCCUCUCUUGCACGCUCCCCUGCAGCUGCUCGAUCCUACUCCAACUACAGAGCCACUGAGCGUGGAAUCAAAGAGCGAACACCUGCUCCAGCUCAGAGUCCUCCUAGAGGCAACUCUGCAAAAGCUACCAAAGGUGGAGGAGGGACAGGUUGGGGCCAGGAUUUUGGAGGAGUCGGAGUUCAAAGUUCUUCUGCUCUAGGCAGGUCAAAGGCCAGCACUGCCUCUGCCCAGCUACCUUCUGCCUUGAAAAAGCCCCUCCUAUCCAGCCCAAGCCCAGCAUAUACAUCCAGUGGAGUCAGCUAUAAGCUAUCACGCCUGCCAUUCAUCAGACAGCCACGCCCCCUCCGGGUGACAUUGGAUGGUGUGGGAGGAGCUGACCCGAAUCUGAAGGCAGGACAGAGUGGACGGAUGAAUUCUGUACAAACGCCUUCCUCAACACAAACUGGUCCUGGCAGCAGCUCAGAAGCUCCAGAGACAGUGGGGAUGUCCACAGGCCAGGAAUCCCAAGGGGAGGUGUCUGUUGUGGGGGAGACACUGGAGGACAUGUCCCUGUCCUCCACAUCUUCUCUUGACAAAAAUGACGCCACUCAGGAGUAUAUGGAUGACUUUGACAACCUUGGCAUACUGCAGCUCUCCUCCAAAAAUGAUGAUGAAGACUCUGGGCUUGACCCGUCUUGUACUGGGAUUGAAGAUCACAAAAUGAAUGUCAAUGGUGAUACCAAGGCAACAGAGUUGUGUUUUCUGGAUGACUGUUUGGACUGGACUGAGAUGCGACGCGAUGGUGAGCGAGGUGAGCAGAGGAAAUCCAGUCAGCCGGACUACAGCGACCAGGGUGGAUCGUCACUGGACCUGUCCCCGUCAGACAGCUGUGGGUCUGGGGGAACCUACAUGUGGGAUGAGGAGGGUCUGGAUCCACUGGGGGGUGCAGCCAUCUCCAUCAGCGGCAACAGAAACUCCACAGACCACAUCGGCAGCUUCGAGUCCGACCACAAUAGCAGCGACCUCUUAAAGGACCUGGACUCUUGUGAUCUGGAUGAUGAUGAUCUCAUGCUGGAUACUGACUUUCUAGAAGACUCCUCAUUGCACAGUGAGAGAGAGGGGUUGUCCCACAUGGAUCAGUGGAGGAGACAUCUCUUCUGGGAGACAGAGAAUAUCCACAAUGACCAUGGAGACCUCCACUCCUGCAAGCUAAAUGAGGAUGCUGAGAAUAAGGGGUCGGGGCCAGUGAGGAGCAGUGACCUUAUUCUGGAUCUUUGUGCAACAAGUUGUGGUGGCCUCAGCUCUUCCUCUCUGGAUCCUGAUCCUGGUUUGGAUGUGGAGGAGCUGGCAGACAACUGUUUGGAAGUCAGAUCACAGCUGGAAUACCUGCAGAAGUUACUGCUCCAGGAGGACGCUGGGUGUGAUGACACUCCGAGUCCUGAGGCCGCGGACUCUUCCUGCAGCUCUGACUCUCAGGUGAAGGCUCUCCAGCAGGAGGUGCUACAGCUCACAGAGGAGCUGAGGAGUCGAGAACAAACCAUCGCACUGCUCAGCCAGCAGCUGGAGGCUGUUCCCACAGUAGCCACCAGGUGUCGCUGCCAGGACACGACCACUGGACCCACCCAGGCGAGCGUGAUGGAGAGAAAGAGCGUGGCCUUGCAGACGCCGUGGAGACAACACGUUGCUUUUCCUCCUGUUCCUUUCCUUUCGCCACCCUGGCAGUAUCAGCGCUCCACGCCUUACAGGGGCAGGCCAAAGCCAAGUAUCCCCGCCCACCUCGCUAGAAAGAGAGUGGAAAAACUCGUACAGUACUUCUGUGACACAGCGUGUCUCAGGUACGUCACCCCUCCAGCAAAGAUGACCAGAAACCAUUAACGGACCACAUCCCAGGACCUUCACCAACCCACCUGCACAACCCAGCUGUACCUCCAUCGAGCCCCUGCUCCGCCCAGCCCCCGAUACAUCAUGAUCUGCCUCCAAGACUCCUGGAACCACCUGAUGCCAGCGCCAUCG